ACACACACACACACACUCACUCACUCUCCGCGUCCAGACGCAUUCACGGCUCGCUGCGGAUCUCCAGCACUAAACUAGACGGAAUAUUUACGCAAAUGACAAAUGCCGAGAAGAGCAGAGGCGAUUUUAAAAGACAGAGAGGAAAAAUGCUUGCAAGCUGUUGGGGAUUUUGAUGUUGGGUACAGCCUCCUGGAUGUUCUCAGCACAGGUGAUACUCCAAAGGGAUUAUGCCCGCCGUCCCACAAUGCUGCUACCCUCAGGUUGGCUGCUUCGGCACUCUGUGGUCAUGUGGUUGCUGUUUCACAGCUUGGUGCUGAUGACACUCAGUUUCCACCACGCUGCAACUUCCUGCUCCAAACGUUGCUACUGUUCAGACAGCGAGGGCUCAUUUGGUGGCAAGACCAUGCGCUGCAGCAACCUGCAUCUUACUGAGAUCCCUCAGGACAUUCCCAAUGACACACGACGCCUCUACCUGGACUACAACCUCCUGACCAGCAUCCCUGCCAAUGCUUUUCAUGAUCUUCCACUGCUAGCUGAACUAGAUCUUUCCCAUAAUGAACUGGCUUUGCUUGAACCGGGAGCCUUUAGAGGCUUGGCAGCCUCUCUGCAGUUUCUGGAUCUCUCGUCCAACCAGCUCACGAUGUUGGACCCAGAUGCCUUUGAUGGCGUUACAGCUAGAUCUAACCUCACUGGAAACCCCUGGCACUGUGACUGCAGGCUGCAGACAGCCCUUCCACGCCUAGACCUAGAGCCUGUGUCUUUGACUGGCAUUAUCUGUCAGACAUCUGAACCCUUAGACUCUGGAGCCCAAGGUGUGCCUUUCCUGCUGGCCAAAGACCUGGACCUGUGUGUGGUGCUCAAAAAGACCACGGAUGUGGCCAUGUUGGUGACCAUGUUUGGAUGGUUCACCAUGGUCAUCUCCUAUCUGGUCUACUAUGUGAGACACAAUCAGGAAGAUGCCAGGCGCCACCUGGAGUAUCUCAAGUCUCUGCCCAGCAGGCAAGGCAAGUCUGAGGAGUCUUCCACCAUCAGCACUGUGGUAUAGCACAAGGCCAAGUGCUCAUGACAUGUGGAGGAAGCUUCUCAGGCUGCCAAAAAGGCAAUGGACACACUGGGCAAUAGGCUACCUGUUUCUAAAGUUUAAAAUUGAUUAAACCCUUGGAAAAACAAAGACCCCUUGAAUCAUAUACCACACCACAAGUAACCAUUCAGGAUUGAUCUGUACCCUCCCAAAGAACCAGAAAGAACUUAUGCCAUAGGAUGCUUCUUAUCCAGUGGAGUGCAACAUCCACAAUAGGGAAAUGUGAAACAUAUCAUGCUGAGACUGAAACCAUCCACAGACAUGCAGAUGGACAUAGAUGGCUAGUAGAGACAGAAGAAGGGAAAUCACAGAGGCCAUCUAAUCCAAUUCAGUUAAAUAAUUGAUUCAGAAAUGGCCGAACUUGAGGCUCAUCUUGACUAAGAGGUUUUUCUACUCUGCACACUUUUAAAGGAGGCGUUGUCUGUUUUUUUGUUUUGUUUUUUUCUUUCAUUCAGAGGCUUUUUCUUCAGCCAGAUCUCCAUUUGACAGGCAACGCACGGAGCGUAAAGCACUCAUCCCACUGGGUAUUUACAAAAAGUACUGUUGUUGUCCCUGCAGGCAACAUCAAAAUUUUACAGAGCAACACAUUCUUGCAUGCAUCAAUGAUUUUUCAGGUGUCUCAGUAAACAUAGUAUACAAACUGUGCAAAAGUAAAAAGCACUGUCGAUUGCUUUGAUACUCAGUGGUUAGGUUUUUAGGGAAGCACAGAAGAGCUAUUUUCUUCAUGGAUCCUGCAGCGUUAAUUACGUUGUGACUUAAAAUAAAUAAACAGGUUGGCUUGUUAUUUUCAUGAUCAGUCACUGUAAGAUAAAUCACUGUUAAAGUCAUUUCAAGGGAAAACACCCUGAGGCAUUUUUUAUUAAAAAAAUUAUUUGAAAAUGUUUCAAAACUUCUAUGCUUAAAGAUAAUGAGACAAUUUUGACGACCACAUAGUGUGUUUGCACUGUUAGAGUGGAUCCUUGGUAUGUCACAUCCAAUACUGUGUGAUUGUUCAGUUUCUUAUGUGGAGUGCCAGCAAGAAUAAUUCAGAAAGUCUGCCAAGAUAAACCAUAAGUUAAAAUCAGUCUGAAUGUUCUGCCUGCAUGAUUUAAUGUCUUCAAAGCUUUACAAGUCAUACCCAUAAAUUAAGAAAAUAGCAUUGUCUUAAUCCUUUACAAAAGGCAGUGAGGGGUAUGUCAUGAAAUUACUCAGAAAAGUUCAAAACCUAAUGAGCUUCCUACCAAGACAUUUUAAGGUGUCAUAUGUAAUCAUGACAAAAAAGCUGUAAUUGUGCUGGCAUUUGGCUAUGUAGACAGUAGAUAAUAAGGCAGCUCAUUAAUGGUAACAUUUUACAAUAAGGUUUCAUUUGUUAACAUUAGCUAACUGCUUACUAGAUACAACCUUAUUGUAAAGUGCUAGUGAAAUAAAUGAUUUGCUGGUCAUGCAUAUGUUGGAUCUUUUGUUUCAGUGCAAGCAACAGAAAAGGAUGACUUAUGUGGCAAAAUGAAUAAGAAAAGGUAUUUGAUUUUUCCUGUUUGCUUGAAAGUGUUAUCUGUAGUGCCAACAUGGCAUUGUCUCAGUGAUAUCAGGGUGUAUUCAAUCCAUUGAUCCUAACAAGAAAUGUCAUGCUGAAAAUUAAGGUAAACUCUGAGAGGUAAACCUUAUUUUCAUUUGUAAAACUACUUUAUUUUUUACUUUAAAGAUGGAUUGUGCACUUUCAGCUUUA